AUGGAGUCAUUACCACAUGAGAACAACGAAAUGUUGCGUGAUCAAUUUGAAAAGUCUCUCGAGAUCCCCACGCUUUCAGACGAUGCAACUCUAGUCGAGCGACACUGGGAGGCAGUCUGGCCCUCCCAGUCCGACAUCUUGGGCCAGGUUGUUGCCGCGACGCAAUGCAAACUUGACCAGCAGCACUUGAAGCAAGAAAUCAUGACUAUGAUCCCACGAAAUUUCGACUUACAUUUGGAACCGGACGAAAAACAUGGUGGCUUUGAAGUAUACCUGUGGCCGCAGGAGCAGCAGAAAAAUAAGGCCAUGGAGAAGACAAGAGAGCUCGCGCAAUACAUCAAGCGUCUGGCUGCCCUGUCACUCCACGCAUAUAUGAUACCAGAGGAAUUUCACGUUUUUCCGAAGCCGCUCUCCCUCGACAAACAGGGCAAGGUCGACUCCUCCCAGCUGCAAGCCGCGAAAGCCGAAUUACGGAAACGAGGCGUACCAGAACAUCUGCGCUCGAUCGAAGACGGUGUCGCGACCGUCUUUGCAGGCACACUAUCUUGCGAUGCGGGGAAAAUUGAUUUCGAAACUAGUUUCUUCGAGCUAGGUGGCCACGAAGGAAUGGCCGAGGCGCUCGCGGCCGCGUUGCGCGUCGAGUUCAACAUUGACUUGCCACACACUCUGAUUGGCAAAGAUGCCACAGUCAGGGUCAUCGCAGACUACAUUGCGGACGACUAUCUCAAAGAUAAAGAAGAGCAGCAUAUCAAUCCGUACAGCUCGACGCGAUGGUGGCUCCUCGCCCUACAGCUUGUUCCACUGGUGACGCUGUAUCCAGCGAGACGUGCUUGGCAGCUGACGUUUCAGCUCUGGAUUCUGAGCCGCACCAAGUUCAUGGAAGAUAACAACAAUCUCUGGGGACGAAUCAUGAACUUGAUGCUAUCUAUUUAUGGAGCGUGGGCGUCUGUCCAGGUCAUCUUUCCCAUCAUGGGGAUCCUCCUCAAAUGGAUAAUCAUUGGACGUCACAAAGAAGGCACCUACCCGAUGUGGGGUUUCUACCACACACGCUGGUGGCUGGUGCAAAAGAUUGUCAGUCUGUGCGAUCUUGGUUUUUUCGACUAUUGCUCCUACGGAAAGCGUCUAUACUUUCGACUCAUGGGCGCCAAGAUCGGUAAAGGUGUCACCUUGACAGAUGUUCAGCUGGGAGAAUGGGACCUUCUUGACAUACGAGAGGGGGCGAGUCUGUCGAGCUGUAUCUGUCGUCCUUUUGCGGUAGAGAAGAACUCCAACUUUUAUCUUGGGCGCAUCGUCGUUGGCGAGCGGUCUACCAUCGGCGCUCUCUCCAUCAUCGCCCCCGGAACAGAGGUCCUUCCCGACACGUACCUGGGAGCAAACUCUUCGAGCUGGGAGCAGGGUCAACUACUGCCGCAACAGAAGGUCGAAGACUCAAUGCCCGAAAAGAAGGAUCCACACUGGCUGCUCUUUGUCCUUCUCACAGUCCCAAUUUACGGCAUUGGGUGGCUGAUCGCCCUCUUGCCUUGGCUGGGACCGCAGUUGGCUGUUCUCUGGGCGACGCCAGCAAAAAGCAGCACGCCGUUGCGAGUGAUACUCGACUGGUACCAAGGGAGCCCGCAGGUUGCUUUCGCCUAUGUUGCGGUCAUGGCCCAGUCUCUGUUCAGCCCGUGGCUCUUCCUCCUCUGGGCCGCACUCAUUCGGUAUUUGUGCCUAGCCCUCGCAGCACACAUACCGCAACAUUAUGCCUCGGUCACAGAACAAUUGAAUGCUUGGAGGUCCACCAUUGUCAAGACGUUAUUCGAUGCGUCGAGACUUGCAGAGAUCAACACCCUGCUGGGCCAACACCACGGGGCACGAUCCGGCGUCUUGAGACUACUCGGCACAAAAGUAGGCCGGCGAGUAAGCUGGCCACGAUCGGGCCCCUUUAUCGACAACUAUGAGUUGUUAGAUGUCGGCGAUGACGUGACCUUUGGAUACGACUGCCAUCUAUUCACGAGUGACGAUCGCGGUUCUAGCAAGAUCACGAUAGGCAAUGACAGCGUCAUCGCCGAUCAAGUCUGUCUGCUACCAGGCGUUGAGAUUGGAUCUGAAGCCAUGCUCGGCUUUGGUACUCUUACCCAGCGAGGCAAGAGGUACGACAGUGGCAAGACCUAUUUCGGACGUGAAAAUGGGGAUGUUGCAGAGUCCAGUGCGUGUGGCGCAGGGCUGUGGUCGGUGAACGGCGGAUUCCCGCGCGACGUCGACGCCUCUUUUGGCCAGACAGACCACGAAAACAUGAAUUACAGCGAGGAGCAAGCUGACGACCCGUCCUCGCUCGAAAAGGGUAAUAGUCCUGCAUCCUGGAAGAGGCGCAGCGACGCGACAGAGAAGCACGAACACGCGGAGCACCAUCUCAGCCGAAAAGAACGCCACUACGUCUUUCAGCCGUUUACUACUCUUUUUUUGUCUUCAUUCAUGACGAUAUUGACUGUUUUCUACUGGAAUGUUCCAGCUCAGUCUUCCAUGAAGCUUGCUGCGCGAAUCUUUGUCGAGGCGUUGCAGCCCGAGUCUACGCUGAUCGACCCAAUGGUUGUAUAUGGCCUAAAUUACGCAACUACAAUGGCUUUGACAACAACAUUUGCCGUCAUGGCCAUCGCCUUUGUUAUAGCGGCGAAAAAGACCCUCAUCGGCGCUUUCAAACCAGGCGUUUACAGCCGCCGCGACAGCUCCACCUACUUUCAGCGCUGGCAGCUUCUCAUUGCCGUCGAGAAGAUAAUCCGAAAAUGCUACGUCGAUCAAGGUAUCCUCAGUCUCUUGACCGGGACGCACUGGCUUGUGCUCUACUAUCGCUGGCUGGGGGCCAAAAUCGGCAAGGACUGCGCCUUGUUUGCCAAUGGAUAUCCCGGCCUGCUCCUCACCGAGGCGGAUCUCAUUGAGAUUGGAGACAAUGUUGCCAUUGACGAUGUGGGGAUUAUAUCGCAUGUUGAGAUGCGUGGGAGCACGCGACUGGACAAGAUUACUAUCGGCGAUCGAUGUGUGCUGCGAUCCGGAAGCCAUAUACUCGCCGGGGCGAAGAUGGAAAACGACAGCUGUCUUUUGGAGCACACGCUGAUUAUGCCGGAUCAAAUCGUUAGAGAGGGCUGUGCCAUGUAUCGACGACCUGCAAAGCAGUUUUACGGCAAUAGAAAGGGCAGCCUCCCAAAGGAAUAG